CAGAGUGUAUCAAAAAACUUAACAGAAAAAUUGGCCUCUCCUUCUCUCUGUGUAUCCAUUUCCAGAGAACAGAGAAACACCUUUUUGUCUCAUUCAUCCUCCUGAACUCUCUCGGCUGAGAACUCCCAUUCAAUCCCAGGGAAAACGCAUUGUUUGGAUACUGGGCGGUUAUUGAAACGGUUACGCUUUUGGUAAACCUGCAAUCAUCAUAAUUCGUUUAGGGUUUAGUCCUAAUUCGUUCCUGCCUCUGCUCUCUUUCGAGAAAAUUCGGUUUUUUUCGUUGAACGAAUUUUAUUGUGGUCGCUGUUCAAACCCUAGCACUUCCCGGAUUCUGAUUCUGGUGUUCCAUUAGGGUUAUUCCUGAUUGAACUGGUUUAUGGGUGUGAAAUAUCUCUUGAAAUUUUGGGUGUUCAUUUGUUUUUGCAUUAGUUCUGUCUUUUUUGGUCAUAGGUUUGAUCCCUUUUUAGGAGAGAUGAGGGUCUUUUGAGAGUGAAUUAUCGUCUGCAAAUCCAUCUUUCAUAGAAGAUGGAUGGGUAGAGAGGGUGGCUUGUGUUUGUAAUUAAAUACAAUUAUCUUGGUGUCUGUUUUUGCCAUUGCCUUAUUUUUCUUGCUACCACUGCUUUAAAAUCCUUGUCCCUUGUUUAUUACUCUCCUUAGAUUUCAUUGAAUCAUCCAUUGUACUUGUAGAACUAAGGGCAAGUCUGUUCUGGUUGUGAGUCUGUGAGUUGUUGAUUCAUGAGAAAAUUGUGAAGGAAUAUUAGUUAUUGAGGGGAAAGUCAGGCGGGGUUUGGGUUAGAAGUCAGGACUCUUGUGUAGAAGGGAUAGUUGUUUUCUUGGAGAGGUUGGAGAAGGACAAAGAAGUGCUUUUCUUGUUACAUCUGAUCAUGUUCAGUGUCCCUUAUGGAAAGAAGUGAACCCACAUUAGUUCCACAAUGGUUGAGAAGCACUGGCAGUAUUUCUGGCGGUGGUGGUUCAGCCCACCACUCUGCAUCAUCUUCUUCACAUACUGAUGUUUCUUCGCCCACACAUCACCUCAGAAAUAGAAACUCUAGGAGCACAAGUGAUUUUGAUUCCCCUCGUUCUGCAUUCCUUGAUCGAACUUCUUCAUCAAAUUCAAGUAGGAGUUCUAGUAAUGGUUCUGCAAAGCAUGCUUAUGGUAGUUUUGGUAGGAAUCACCGUGAUAAGGAUCGUGAACGAGAUAAAGAGAGAUCAAGCUUUGGGGAUAAUUGGGACAAAGACUCUUCUGAUGCUUUAGGAAGCAUCUUAGCUAGUAGGGUUGAGAAAAAUACAUUGCGACGUUCUCAUUCUAUGGUGUCAAGAAAGCAUCGUGACCUUUUUCCCCAAAGAGUUACAGCUGAACUAAAAGACACUGGUAAUAGCAACCAUGGCAAUGGCAAUGGUCUGCAUUCUGGAAGUGGUAUUGUUGGUAACAACAUCCAGAAGGCUGCAUUUGAGAAGGAUUUUCCUACACUUGGAACUGAAGAGAAGCAAGGAAUUCCAGAUAUACCUAGAGUCUCAUCUCCUUGCCUGGGUUUGGCUAUACAGAGUUUGCCUAUUAGUAAUUCAGCAUUGAUUGGUGGAGAGAGAUGGACCUCAGCCCUGGCAGAGGUGCCUACUCUGGUUGGAACUAGUAGUUCAGGUUCCUUGUCUGUUCUACAAACUGUCUCUGCUUCAGCUUCUGGGGCUUCAAGUGCAGUGAAUGGUCUUAAUAUGGCUGAAGCAUUGGCACAAGCUCCAUCACGAACCCGUGCUGAUCCACAGUUGUCUACCAAGACACAAAAACUUGAGGAGUUGGCCAUUAAGCAAUCAAGGCAAUUAAUACCUGUGACACCAUCAAUGCCUAAGGGUUCGGUCCUUAACUCUUCUGAUAAAUCAAAACCUAAAAUAGCAGUCAGAACUGGUGAGAUGAACAUAGCUGCUAAGAGUGGGCCCCAGCAACCCCCUCCAUUGCAUCUUGCUAAUCAAUCUUAUGUUGGAAAUAUGAAGUCUGACGUGACAAAAAUGACUCAUGGGAAGCUUUUGGUUCUCAAACAGGCACGAGAAAAUGGGCCCUUGUCCCCCACUCAGAAGGAUAUUCCAAAUCCGGCAAACAAUGCCAACAACCGAACAGCAAAUAACCAACUUGCUGCUUCUCCAUCUGUUGCAUCUGCCCCUCUGAAGAGCUCAAACAGCUUAAAGCCUCAUAUUGGGGAGCGCAAGGCAGCUGCCCCAAAUCUGUUGUCUGGGUUUACUAUGGAGAAGAGAUCUCUGGCUCAAACCCAGAGCCGAAAUGACUUCUUUAAUCUCCUAAAGAAGAAGAAUGGAACACACACUUCUUCUGAUCCCCCAGAUGCUGGGCCAAAUAUUUCAUCUCCUACUGCAGAGAAAUCUGAAGUAACGAAGGAAGUAGUCAGUCCUUCUACAACUCAUGUUAUUGAGAAUGGUGCCGCAGCUAUUAGCAAUGGUGAUGCCCAUCAAGAGUUUCAGAGAUUUUCUGAUGAUGAGGACAAGAAUAUGAGCUUUAGCACUCCUGUUCCUCCAGAGGAAGAGGCUGCCUUCCUUCGUUCUCUUGGAUGGGAUGGGAAAUAUUGUGAGGAUGAAGGUCUUACGGAAGAGGAGAUCAAUGAUUUUUAUAAGGAGUUGAUGAAAUUGGGGUCUACUCUUAAGCCCUGCCGUGGCAUGCAGCCAAAGCAGCCUGAGGCCCUUGCAACUAAUUUGGAUAGAGCUUCCUCUGAGCUGAGCUCUUCUGACUCAGAAUCUGAAGCUUGACUUACUAAGCAAUCCAAAGAAGAUCCAUUUUUUGAUGGCAGUUGGAUAGUUUUUCUUUUCUUUUCUCUUUUUUUUUCUUCUUUCUUGCUUUAAAGGAAAGCUAAUGAAUUGGGCAUGGAAGAAGGUGGUUUUGGUUGGUAACGGUGCAUUUUGCAAGUAGUGCAAUAAGUCCUGCCUGGCUAUCCUUGGUGAAUUCUUUAGGUUUGAAGGUGGUUAGGAGCUAUUUUGCCUGAAGUGGAGGAUGCAGGAAAGUUGCGUUGCAUCUUUUGGGGAAUUUCAUCCUUUUCUUCUUUUUUUCCCCUUUGAAGAGGGUUCAAUUUUACAAUGUGUUUUUGGUUAGUUUUACGAAAAGAAAAUGGGAAAUCAAAAAAAAUUUGAUUUUUAGCAUUGUCCCUUUUGAGGUCUUUGGUUUACAUUUUUGUUUAGCGUAGCAUAUGGCAGUAAUCAUUUACAGAGGAAUAAGAAAAGCGGUAGGGGAUCCAGUUCUUACUUCUCAUAUAUUUAGUUGAUCGAAUUUUUUAUUUUCCAUUAGACUCACAAAUUUAGUAUCGAAAAAUUGAAAUCUAAUGCAUGACAUCCAUUAGGAGAAGAGGAUAUGUAACAUGACCAAUGAUUCUUACCUAUAUAAUCAAUCAAGUAAACAUUU